AUAGAACCUCCGGUGCAGGACAUUGGCAGUAAAGACACUUUUUGUGACUUUACCGUAAUACAUGAUACGCCCUCUUUAAAGCAAGAAAUAUGAGUUGAACGCUUUGUCGAUGUCAUUAAAGACGAACCACAUAUUGAGAUUGGAGAGAUCAGUGAAGCGUUGGGUGGCACCUACCUUGCGGGAAUUGAAAAAGAGGAAAGACAGACUUGGUCCAGAACCAAUACAAAAGCGAUCCUCCUUUUUGGAAUGGAAUUAUCAUGCUGAAAUCUUUGCAUUUGGCAAGCGCCUGAAGGAAGAUUUUGACAGGACGUUACUGCAGCAAGCGUUUACAACACGCUCUUACAUUGUUCAAGAGGAAAUGAAGCAGGAGCAGCUAGGUAUUGAAGAUCCCAAGCUAGCACUUACUGACAACCAAGAAUUGGCAAAAGAAGGCAUGAAGUUCAUGAAAAACUACAUAGAGAUUUAUGUGAGAGAAUCUUUGCCUAAAUUACCAGAAGAAGGUGUUGUAGCCAUUUGCAAGUUCCUGAUGACAGAUAGCACGUUGGCUUCUAUCUCAAAGCUUAUUGGAACGGAAGAUCUUAUUCUUUCUGCUGAAUUUCCUGUGGAAGAAUCAACAUUAGUCCAAGUGUUCUGUGCUGUUGUUGGAGCACUUUUGAAGAGCUCAGGCAGUGAGAAGACAGGCUUGUUUGUACGUGAUUUUGUGGUGGCUCAACUUGCUGGCCAAGAUGUGAGUGACAUAUGGUCUCCAGAACAGCCGCUUCUAACACUAGAAAACAUUCUCAAACAACAAGGAAGAGCUGCACCAGAGCCACGACUCAUUGGAGUGGCCGGUCCAAAUACCAUACUGGCUGCAUACAGAGUUGCUGUUUAUAGUGACCGUCAAUUCCUUGGUGCUGGAUUUGGAGAAUCAGUAGAUACAGCAGUUGAGCAGGCUGCACUGGAUGCACUGAAACGAUUAUUCUCUGUCACAGAAAACAUGAAGCCAUUCUCGUACAAAAUAAAUCCUGAUGUAGAAAUGUACAAAGCAAACUCUAAUGCCAGUCUGGAAGACUGGGGUGUGAAACAUCCACAAAAUAUAGUAAACUGUUAACUUUGUAUUGCUCAUCCAAAAAUUUAGAACUGUAUGUGUAUAAAGUUUUAUUAAAAUUUUUGAUCUCAAAUAAAA